AUGUCCAUAAUUGACCCAGCCGUUACAGUUACCGAGAUCUGGCGCAUGCUCGAACGCGAUUUUGGGGAGUCGAGCGCGGCGGGUGUCAUUGGCCUCCUCACUAAGUUCGUCGGCACCCUUACGUCCGACUACCGCCAUGUGGGUGACCACUUUAAGGCAAUGAGUGCCCUACGGAACCGCAUCAACGCUGAGAGCGUCAAGUGCUUCGGCGAGCCAAUUGUGUCGGAACAGUUAGUGGGUGCUCUGUUCCUAUCGCUCCUCCCCCAGCAGUACUUUGGGUCCUCGGGAAAGCUCACCAAGGAUUCAUUCACUAUGGACAAUGUCCCCCCUGGCUUUUGCACCUUCCCACUUGCAACAGCAGCUUAUUUUGCCGCCAAAGCAUGUGCACCGCGUUUUGACACGGCAAUCGACAAUCAAGGCUGA